GCACACACGAAACUAUGGCUGAGCACGGGGCUCACAUCACACCUGCUUCUGCGGUGGAUGACCAGCCAUCCAUCUUUGAGGUGGUGGCACAGGACAGUUUAAUGACAGCAGUGAGACCUGCUCUUCAGCAUGUGGUCAAGGUUCUUGCAGAAUCAAAUCCUGCCCGCUACGGCUUCUUGUGGAAGUGGUUUGAUGAAAUCUUCACCCUGCUAGACCUUCUGCUCCAGCAACAUUAUCUGUCUAAAACCAGCGCCUCGUUUUCUGAAAACUUUUAUGGCUUAAAGAGGAUCGUAAUGGGAGACACACACAAGCUUCAGAGAUUGGCCAGUGCUGGUCUCCCAAAGCAGCAGCUCUGGAAGUCAGUUAUGUUCCUGGUUCUUCUUCCCUAUCUGAAAGUGAAGCUGGAGAAGCUGAUUUCUAGCCUGAGAGAAGAGGAUGAAUAUUCCAUCCAUCCCCCUACUUCCCGCUGGAAACGAUUUUACAGAGCCUUUUUGGCAGCCUACCCAUUUGUUAACAUGGCCUGGGAAGGCUGGUUUCUUAUACAGCAGCUUCGAUACAUCCUAGGAAAGGCUCAGCAUCACUCACCACUGCUGAGUCUGGCUGGGGUUCGGCUAGGUCGACUUACAGUUCAGGAUAUACAAGCUCUGGAGCACAAACCAGCCGAAGCCAGCAUGAUGCAGCAACCAGCUGGGAGCGUUGGUGAGAAGAUAAAGUCCGCUCUGAAGCAAGCUGUGGGAGGUGCCGCCUCAUGCCUCUCUACUGGCCUUUCGGUGGGUGUAUUCUUCCUGCAGUUCCUUGAGUGGUGGUAUUCAUCCGGAAACCAAGAAACCAUCAAGUCAUUGACUGCCCUGCCUACUCCACCACCACCGGUACAUCUAGACUACAAUUCUGAUUCUCCCCUGUUGCCCCAAAAGAGGACUGUGUGCCCACUGUGUCGUAAAAACCGGGUGAAUGACACCGUUCUCGCCACCUCUGGCUAUGUGUUUUGUUAUCGCUGUGUGUUUAAUUACGUGAGGAGUCACCGAGCUUGUCCCAUCACAGGUUAUCCAACACAAGUACAGCAUCUGAUUAAACUGUACUCCCCUGAGAACUGAAAGGGAUUAGCACCUUGUCUCACAACGAAAUGACUGCGCUAUAAGGCCAGAGGGCUGGUUUUCCGCAUGGUAAAUAGCAUUGCUUGAUCAUCCUCAAUUAAUAAUUGUAUGAACUUUAAACAGCCACAUGGAUUUCUUUAAAAGGAUAUACUCGUUGAUCUUAACCUUUUAGCUUGCUCCCUAGACACCUCUACUUAGAGUUGACCAAGCUGGUCAGAGUGAGAGAAUCAGGACUAGCAGGGGAUGUGAGGGUCAGCAUAGAGAAGCAGAUCAAAGAGGGUACUCGGCACAGACGCUUUUCCUGUCCCCUUCCUUAAAGGACAAGAGGUAUAGAAGCUCUCAGGAGAAACCCAAGUUAGACCUCGUAGAGCGGGUAGUGAAAGGGAAGCAGGCCUUUUGAGAAGGGAAAGCAUUCAUCUGCCCGUGAGGAAUAGGUUUUAUCGGUUUGCAAACAGUAUGAAACAUGGACCUGCUUUUUUUUAAUUUAAUUUUAUUUAUUUUUUAAUACAGCAGGUUCUUAUUUUUUUUUUGCAGGUUCUUAUUAAUUAUCGCUUUUAUACACAUCAGUGUAUACACGUCAAUCCCAGUCUCCCAGUUCAUCCCACCACCACCACCCCACCACCCCCACGGACAUGCUUUUUAUAGAAUUACUUAGAAACACUUUCUCCUUCCAUAGGCUGAGACUCAUUUGUUAAGUAACGUUUGCUAUAGUUUAUCACCUUUUAAAGAUCCCUUUAAAAUAUCUUCCUUGGGAAACUGGUUAAAGGAAAAUAGGGGUUGAAUGUAUAUACAGAAUAGUCUGAAGACUUCAGUGUGAAAGCAAAGCUAUUAAUGAAGAGAUGAAGUAAAAUACUGCCCUAACUAUGACUGUGUAAAGACAGGAUCUUUUCAUAAGCUCUUUCUGCUUGCUGUUAAGAGUUUGCUAAGCUGACAUGAAUUAUUCUGGCUAUUACUAAAGUUUCUACGAAACGCUUAAGUAAAUUUUAAGAAUAAAUGUU